AACUUGCGCUGAGCUUCAUUGUAUAGGCUACACUUUCCUACAUCCUACAUCUACAUAUUACUAACCCUGCAAUAUGAAUCUGUUGCACUUUCUUCCAGUCUACUUCGUUUGUGUUCAAUCAGCAACAAUAAUGGCUUACAGAGGCAGCGUGAGACCCUUCGUCAACUUCAACCCCAAACACGAUGCUGAAAUUCUCCAUAAAGCCAUGAAGGGAAUAGGUACGAAUGAAGACACCAUCCUCAUGCUUCUGACUUCACGCAGCAACGAUCAGCGCCAGGAUAUCAAGGCGGUGUAUAAACAGGCGCACGGAAAGGACCUGGUCAGCGCUCUGAAGUCGGAGCUCGGGGGGCUGUUUGAGAGUUUGAUCGUGGCCUUGAUGACCCCGUCUGCCUCAUACGAUGCUUCCCAACUGCACAAGGCUCUGAAGGGCAUCGGCACUGAGGACGAUGUGCUGAUCGAGAUCCUGGCCUCCAGGACCGGCGAACAGAUUAGAAAUAUCGUCAAAGAGUACAAGAAAGAGUACAACGGAAAGCUGGAGAAAGAUAUCGUCGGUGACACCUCGGGGCACUAUCAGAGACUACUGGUGAUCCUGCUGCAGGGGAGCAGGGAGGAUGGACUAGGCGUGGAAAAUAUUGAUAAAGACGCAAAGGCCUUGUUUGACGCUGGUGAGGGAAGGUUUGGCACCGAUGAGGAACCAUUCAUCACAAUUCUUGGCAACAGGAGGGUAGAACAUCUCAGAAAAGUGUUUGAUGCCUACGAGAAGCUCUCUGGCUCUGAACUAGAGGACAGCAUUGAGGGAGAGACCACUGGGAAUUUUGAGAACUUACUGCUGGCUGUUGUGAAAUGUGUCAGGAGUGUCCCAGAGUUUUUCGCUGAAGGCCUGUCUAAAUCUAUGAGGCGUGCUGGAACGGAUGACUCCACCCUGAUAAGGAUUAUGGUGUCGAGGAGCGAGAUAGACAUGUUGGACAUCAGGACCUGCUUCAAAAAGAAAUAUGGAGCUUCUCUUUACACCACCAUCCAGGAGGAUACAGAUGGGGACUACCAGAAGGCUCUACUGUACCUCUGUGGUGGGAAUGAUUAAUGGUGUUUUGUGCACUGAUGAUGAGCUGCUGCUGCUGCUGCUGCGGGACAAAGAUACACAUGUGAUGAGGUUAUUGAUCUGGAGUUGUUGAUUCUUUCUGACUUUGGCUUGCUAUUGAUUGAAUUAGUGUGAAUUACCCCCUUGACGUUAUGACAAUAUACGUACAUCUUCAUGGACUGCAGUUUAAGUCUUAUAUUUGCUUUUUGUUUGACAACAGAAGAAAGAAAACAGCUCAAUGUCGUGUACAGGCUUUGUUUUGAAUGUAGUCAAUAAAGGUAGCUAUGUUGAAAAAUAUAAAUAUUUGCUCAUUCUCUCCUCUUGUUUUGAAUAAACAUGUACACACA